AUGGGGAAGACGCCGUCCCUGGCUCCUAGCCCUAGCAGGUGUCCCUGCAGAACCUCCCACUGGGUGGUAGCCGGAGAGUUUGACCAGGCCUCAAGCGCCGAGAACAUCCAGGUGCUGCAGAUUGCCCAGAUCUUCAAGAACCCCAAGUUCAACAUGUUCACCAUCAACAACGACAUUACCCUGCUGAAGCUGGCCACCCCCGCCCGCUUCUCCCAGACCGUGUUUGCCGUGUGCCUGCCCAGCGAGGCUGAUGACUUCCCCGCCGGCUCCCUGUGUACCACCACGGGCUGGGGCCUGACCAAGCACCCCAAUGCCAACACCCCCAACAAGCUGCAGCAGGCUGCCCUGCCCCUCCUGUCCAACGCUGAGUGCCAGAAGUACUGGGACAGCAAGAUCACUGACCUCAUGGUGUGUGCUGGAGCCAGCGGUGUGUCCUCCUGCAUGGGUGACUCUGGCGGCCCCCUGGUGUGCCAGAAGAAUGGCGCCUGGACCCUGGUGGCCAUCGUGUCCUGGGGCAGCGGCACCUGCUCCACCUCCAGCCCCGGGGGAUAUGCCCACGUCACCGAGCUCAUGCCAUGGGUGCGGGAGAUCCUGGCUGCCAACUGA